UGAAUCACAAACCGCCAGUCGUCGCUAAACCGUUGAGAGGGGGUAUUACAUCGCCUGGCGAGCCCAAAACACACGUGAACUAAACUGACAGCUAUCAAAACAAUCUAGCAGAUUGUUUUGCCACAAUUGACUGAUAUAAUUUCUAUUCGUUAUUUGUUGUUUUGUUUUGUGUUGUUAGUGUGUGUGUGUGUCUUUUUGUGCUUUGUUACGUACGUUAUCAUGUGACUUUUGUUGUUUUUUUUUGUCGAAAACUUUGUAAGAGUUUUUUGAGAGGAGUAUCUACGAUGUCUAGACGAAAGCAGAGCAACCCUAAGCCUUUAAAAAGCGAUUCUCACGAAAAACCACCACUGGAAGAACACGAUACUGAAAAAGGUGAGGUAGAUUGGAACAGCGACCCAGCUGAGAACGCCGCUUCCGCGAAUUCACCUUCAAAGUCGCCUCCGCCAAAGAAUAUCGCUCCCGAAGGGACUGUCGAAGAAACUACGCAGAGCUCGCAGAAGAAUGAAACCGAAGAAAAGACGCCGAGGAUUCGAUUGAAAGCUAAUCUCGCUACCGAUCCUGCAUUGCAAUCUCAACCAAUCACACUUACAAAUCCGAAAAUUGAACCCGACACUGCUCCCUUUCCCGCUAAUUAUUUAACGUCGUUACCCCCCGCUCUACAAAGCACUUUGGUCUCUAGAGGCUUCUUUCUUCCCAAUAUUCUUCCCGCAGCGGAUCCUCAUCAAACCGAAUCAGUAGAAACCAGGCAGCCAACUGUACCAAUAUUUCAAUGCCCACCAUGUGGGAUUAGAUUCUCUUCUCUUAGUACUCUAGAAGCGCACCAAACGUACUACUGCUCGCAUCGUAUCAACAAAACUGCGAACGAUGAUGAUUCAAAAUCAGUUACCGAUCCAAAUGGAAAUCAGUCAGACGCAGAUCCAGCAGAACCUCCAUUAAAGAAUUUUCGUACCGGUAAACAAUAUACUUGUACUCACUGCUCGUAUAGCGCUGAUAAGAAAGUUAGUUUAAAUCGUCAUAUGCGAAUGCAUACAGUGUCGCCUAGUCCUAGUCCCUUGAAUAUUGUAACUACUCCAAACGGAGAAAGUAGUAGCACCAAUAAUCCCGAUAGAUAUUGUGCCGAAUGCGAUAUUAGAUUCAGUUCACAAAAAACAUAUCGUGCUCAUAAGUUACACUAUUGCAAUUCUCGACAUUUAGUCAAACUACCUUCAGCGUCCACUACUAAAGCAUCAUCUAGUACUUCUGGUUCGUCACCGACUUCUCCUGUAGAUAGUAGACCCUGCAGAACCCCUCCAUCGCCUACAUCUCAGACUGCUUCACAACAACCAUUUUUAGCUCUACCAACUAACCCCAUCAUUAUUGUGCCAUAUUCUCUUUUUCGAAACGCCAGUGUAUUGCCGGCUUUAACCGCUGCUUCCGGUCUUCCCACUCCAGAUACACCUUGUUUUCUUCUUCCAAAUGGUACUUUGCAGCCAAUGUCAAAUGCUUUAGCUAACCAACUGAACCAACAAAGCGAAACUCAUAGAAAUGAAAAAUCCAAAGACCCUACAGUUGUUCGAGAAUGUUCUUCAGCACCUUUAGAUUUAAGUAUGAGGAAAUAUGUGGAAAAUAAUGAUCUGGUUAUUGAUUUUGGUGAGGACCAAGAAAGUAGUACUACUCCUAAUCAGUCAGUUAGUCCUGAGAAGAGUAAAUCGGCACCUUCCUCACAAAAUUCCCCACCAACAACGCCUGUUUCGCAUUGUGAAUCUUCGCCAUCGCCUAAAAUAAAGGAUGAAGUUUCGAGAAGCAGCAGCCCAAAGAGGUUUAGAUCUGUUUUGAAAUCUACUCAGAAUGCCGACAAUAAGAGAACGAGUCCCGAAGUAAACAAUUUCCAACAACAGUUUGAGGGUAAUCCAUCUUUGCAUCCUUUAUUGAUGCGAGGAAGUUUGCCGUUACUCGCUCCUGAGGUUCAGUUGCGGCUAGAACCGCCUCUGUCAGCCGUUAUGCCGCAAGUUUUGGUAAAACAAGGAGUGUCGAAAUGUAAAGACUGCAAUAUAGUGUUUUGUAAAUUAGAGAAUUAUGUUAUCCACAAGAAGCACUAUUGUUCUGCCAGAACGCAAGACGAGAAUCUUUCGAAAUUUUCUGGUAGUCCACCAACAAGUCCGAGUAGUAUCGAGGCAACUAGUCCCGCUGGACAAUAUCAACAGCUUAUAUGUUUAGCUUGUGGGAUAAAGUUUACUUCGCUGGAUAAUCUAAAUGCCCAUCAAGCGUAUUACUGUCUGAAAAGAGGAGAAACGACGGACGUGAGGAAAUGCGGAAAAUGCAAGGGAGUAGCCGAACCGGGUCACCAGUGCGUUCCUCACGCUGCCCUUUCGGGGUGGAAAUGCCCUUGUUGUGACGUCAUUAGCCCUACGGCGAGUGCAGCUCAAAGACAUAUGGAAUCUCAUACCGGAGUCAAGGCGUACAGAUGCACCAUAUGUCGGUAUAAAGGAAACACGUUAAGAGGAAUGAGGACGCACAUCCGAAUGCAUUUCGAUAAACGAUCUUCUGAUUUGCAGGAAGAAAAAUACAUCUCAUAUAUCCUGGAAGACGAAGGUUCAAACAUAGUAGAAGUAAACGUAACUUCGGCAGAAUCAUCGGAAGAAAAAGCGAGUUCUCCAGCUACCGACUCUUCGUCAGAUCCAUUACACCACUGUCAUCAGUGCUCCUACAAUUCCAACUACAAAGCAAACGUUCUCCGACACAUAAAAUUAGUCCACGACGUUCCUUUGAACGAGGAAGUAGUACCUAAUGGUUUAUCGGACAAGAGCAAGUCCAUGCCUGUGUUAGAGGAAGACGAAGAAAUCUUAAUAAAGCGAGAGGCAAUAGAGCCCGAGGUGAUAAUCGCGCAAGGAGAAGAACCGAUUCUCAAAGAGGAACCGGAUGUCCCAAAAGCUCCUAAAAGCAAAACGCCUGAAUCGGAGAUCCUCCAAGAAGCUGCUAAACCGGGUUCUAGGUAUUGUAAAUCGUGUGACAUCUACUUUAAUUAUUACUCAACUUUUGUGGCGCAUAAAAAGUUCUAUUGCUCCAGCCAUGCUGGAGAGAUAACCGCCGCGUCGAAUAAUAAUAUAAAUAAUAAUUCAGCCACGCGUACCGCCGAGGCAUCUGUGCUUUAAAGUAGUUUAGUAGAUUGUUUUAGUAGAAUGAAGGUGUUAUUGACAGAUUCGAAAUAGUUUAAAACAUUUUUAAAAAAUUAAUUUCAAAAUAUAUAUGAAGUCAUACAUCAACAACGCAGAUACCUUUAUUUCUUGGACUUAUUCUUUUGUGAUAUUUAUCUAAACUUUACACACAAAGUUACCAGUAAUAACUAACUGAAUUUUCUACUUCUUGAUCUUGUUAUCUUUCGUCUACUAAUAAAUUAGAAAGAUCCUUCCACAUCUAUAUUUAUAUCCCUUAGGGCCAGUUUUUCAAUCACACUUUAAACUUUCGUUCAACUGAACUGUUGGUGUGAUGUUUACAGAAACAUUUUUUAAAAAUGAAGAUGAAAAAUUGUACGAAAUGGUAAAAAUUAACAGACUGCUAAUUUUUCGAAUAAUAAAGAAAAAUUGCUUUACAAUUCCUUCUUAUAUUUCGUUAAUUAUUAUGUUAACCGUUUCCUUAAACAAAUGAAAUAUUGCAUAUUCUCUUGGUAUGCCUUAGUAUGCCUUACAUAGGGCAUCAUGUUCGGAAAUUUUAAAUUU